CUUUUUCAGGAUGUCGCGAUCGAACCAACGGGCCAUUGCUGGUUUUUGCACGCGGCGGACGAGACGGCGCGAUGGAGACAUGCCAUUUCAACGGGUGCGAGGAGAAGGUGCGACCGGGGACGCAAAAGUGCACGUUUCACCGCAAGAAAGGCAUCUGCAGUGUCAGCGAGUGCCGCAACCAGGUGUAUGCACGCGGGUUGUGUGUCCGACACGGCGCGCGGAAACCGUGCGAAUUUCCCGACUGCGACGGGUUUGCCCGGUACGGCGGGUUUUGCUGCAAGCACGGCGACAAGUACACAAUGAAAGAGUGCGUGGAAGAAGGAUGUGUGAACAAAGCCCAUGCGCGCCAACGGUGCGUCCGACACGGCGGCGGCAGGAAAUGCAAACGGCCAGGAUGCGACUCCCACGCCCGAUGCAACGGGUUCUGCUCGAAACACAUGGAGACCGCGAUGACGGCCGAGUCGCUCGUGUCGCUGGCUAAACCGUUCUUGUCAAGACCGUCGAUGCGGGACAUUUGCGCUGCCCUCGAACCACAGUUUAGUCACACGGCCCUCGACACGAGCCCCCUCGCGACCAGAAAACUGCCGUCUAUCAAGCUCACGUACGAGUACAAGCCGUACUUUGUCGUGAAUGCAUGACAAGCCCCGUGGUCUCAUUAGAGCAGAGGACGCAGCGAUGUGGCCACGUGGCACCCUAAAUGUCGAAGUCGUGAUGAUGCCGCGGUUCAAAGGGGCCCGACUCCACGACAAUAGUAGGCACAACAGUGCAGUACCAUGUAGAUCGAACGAGACGUGCUACGUUAGCUUCAUCAUCCUGUCCUUUCAUUCAUAAUGCACGGCAGCUCGACCGAC